GCGCGACGGGCAGCUGGUCGUAGGCGGACACAACGCGGCGCGGCACGGCGGCGACGCGUCGACGGCGCACUUCCAGAUGUGGAGCGCGUCGGCGCCUAUCAACUGCCCGCUGCAGGUGCUGCUGGCGGACGUGGUGCUGAGCAACGCCGCGGGCAACCACUCGCUGUUCGGCGACCCGGACUCCAAGGUGACGGCGUGCAUCGACACCAUACAGAACGCCUUCGCUUUCACGCCGGCCAUGUUCGCCAAGUGGCAGGGCCUCACGAACUGGGUCGCCAGCCCCGGCGACGGCGGCCCGGACUUCACCCAGCAAACGUACCCGCUCGACCGCGAGCCGCUGAUGGGCACGCUGACCAUCCGGCUGGCCAACGGCUACACGUCCGUCAUCCCGCACUACGAGCUCGUCUCCAACGAACGCGGCAGCGACUCGCAGGGAAAGUACGCUGUGGUUAACGCUUCGCGCGCCAUGGCGGCCGUGCAAACAGGCGACAGCGACCUCGGCCGCGACACUCCCGUCCUCGGCGGCGUGUUUUUGUCACAGAACUACCUGCGCGUGGACUACGCCAACAAUUCGUUCUCGCUCAGCCCGCGCGUCGCCUCGCCGCCCGACGACGACAUCGUCACCACCUGCACGCCGGACAAGACGGGCGGAGCUGGCGCCAGCAGUAGUAGUGAUAGCAGUGAGCAGUCGUCCAUGUUAAAUCUUAAGAUCGGGCUGUCGGUUUCGCUGGGCAUCGUCUUCAUUGGAGUGGUGGCGACAUUGUGCUGGGUCUGGUACAAGAAAAUUCCAACACGCCGAUACGUGAUCCGAUGGAUGCCGCUGAUAAAAUUUCGAGAGUGAGACGGUGGAUGCGAGCCUGCAAGGCCUAGUGUCUGAGCCGCAUGGGGGGGCAGUGUCGAAUCAAGUCUAGGCUAAUUUAGUACGCGAUUACAUGCCUAGCCUGCUUUUUUACGCAUAAGAGGUUAGGAAGGAAGAUAUCACGGUGACUGUAUGUAGGUGGUUUGCUCGAGUCGGGGUAGAGGUUAAUGUGAAGUUAAUCUAACGUUUAAGAUGUAAGCCGGUGCAACUGCGUUUAGAGGGCGAUCUGUCUUGGCAAAACUUGGCAAGUCGGGCCGGAAUUAACUCCGGUUUACGGAUGGGUUCUCCACAUUCACAACCAUGACCAUACGAUGAUACGAGAACUUUUUUCUCGUCGAUGGUUGG